AUGUUUUCAAAACCUACUUUACAAUAAUCUGUUUAAUUACCUACGAGAUAAGAACAAAAGAAAGGGGAGAGAGUAAAGCUAAGCUUUGAUCAUUUAUGGCGGAGAAGAGUUUCAAGUACGUGAUCGUCGGCGGUGGUGUAGCUGCUGGAUAUGCGGCGAGAGAGUUUGCCAAGCAGGGAGUGCAGCCUGGUGAGCUAGCAAUUAUUUCAAAGGAGGCGGUGGCUCCAUAUGAACGUCCUGCCCUAAGUAAGGGAUAUCUCUUCCCUGAGGGAGCUGCAAGACUUCCUGGUUUCCAUGUCUGUGUUGGAAGUGGUGGAGAGAGAUUGCUUCCUGAGUGGUAUAAGGAAAAAGGUAUUGAAUUGAUCCUUAGCACAGAAAUAGUGAAGGCAGAUCUUCCUGCCAAUACUCUAGUAAGUGCAGCUGGAGAAAAAUUCAAGUAUCAAAUUUUGAUUGUCGCAACUGGUUCCACGGUUAUUAAGUUGUCGGAUUUUGGAGUGCAAGGAGCUGAUGCCGAAAACAUCUUUUACUUGAGAGAAGUUGAUGAUGCCGAUAAGUUGGUAGAAGUAAUCAAAGCAAAGAAGAAUGGCAAGGCUGUUAUCGUUGGAGGAGGCUAUAUUGGUCUUGAGCUUGGUGCAGCCUUGAGAAUUAACAAUCUUGAUGUCAGCAUGGUGUACCCUGAACCAUGGUGCAUGCCCCGGCUUUUCACCUCUGGCAUAGCUGCUUUCUAUGAGGGUUAUUAUGCUGAUAAAGGGAUCAAAAUUAUAAAGGGAACAGUUGCAGUUGGAUUCACCUCUGACUCAAAUGGAGAGGUAAAGGAAGUUCAACUUAAGGAUGGCAGAGUUCUGGAAGCCGACAUUGUUGUUGUUGGUGUUGGUGGAAGGCCCCUUACAACAUUAUUCAAAGGGCAGGUUGAAGAAGAGAAGGGUGGAAUAAAGACUGAUGCAUUUUUUAAAACAAGUGUUCCCAAUGUAUAUGCUGUGGGUGAUGUAGCCACUUUCCCCUUGAAGUUAUACAAUGAAUUGAGAAGGGUUGAACACGUGGACCAUGCCCGGAAAUCUGCCGAACAGGCCGUAAAGGCCAUCAAGGGAAUUGAGAAGGGGCAAACAGUUGAAGAAUAUGACUAUUUGCCAUACUUCUAUUCUCGGUCCUUUGAUCUAGCAUGGCAGUUCUAUGGUGACAAUGUCGGGGAUACAGUGCUUUUCGGAGACAACAACCCGCAAUCACCGAAACCAAAGUUCGGAUCAUACUGGAUCAAAGAUGGGAAGGUGGUUGGAGCUUUCCUAGAAGGUGGCACCGCCGAAGAAAACCAGGCAAUUGCUAAAGUUGCUAAGCUUCAGCCUAAAGUAGAGGAUUUGGAUGCGCUGACCAAAGAAGGUCUUACCUUUGCCUGUAAGAUUUGAAGA